CCUCUCUCUCUUUCUCAAGCCUCCAGGCUCAAGGCAAGUUUUCCGGCAAGAGUCGCCGGCAAGACUUUGUCGAGAAGCUCGUACUAGGGUAUUUAUCAAAGCAGAGCUUGCGUAUCAAAAGCUCUAAAGAAGCCUGAAUAUCAAAGUACUGCCUCUCAAGCUCUACAGUUUCAUGACACAAGAAACAAAUAUGGUGGGAACAGGAAGGGAGAAAUCACAGACGCAAUGGAUGUUGGAUUUGAUGAAUGGGAAGGUCACCAUAAACAGAGAGGAAAAGGCCGAGGAAUGGAAACAACGUUGCAUUUACAAAGUCCCAUGCUUCCUGAAAGAGCGAGCUCCUUAACGAAGCCUUCAUUCCCAGGAUUGGGCCCCUUUCACCAUGGCUCCCCGCACCUCCAACCCAUGGAGCAGCACAAGCGUCGACAGCUCCUCCACUUUCUCAACCGCUCGAAGCACCCCCUCCAAGUAUACCUUGAUGCACUCCAAGCCAAGGAGCAGGCGAUCCGGGACUGCUACGAGUGGCCAGGCGACCUGGCCCCUCCCGAGAGCGCCGAGUUCAUUAACAUGACGCUGCUUGACGGCUGUUUCCUGCUCGAACUCCACCGCAUCAGCCGAACAGACGGCGAGACAGGCUACACAGCCGAGGAUCCAGUGUUUGGCUCAAAAUCGGCAUUGUUCUUUGUGCAUCACCACAAUUAUCGUGACCUUAUGAUGCUGGAGAAUCGAAUCCCUUUGAUGGUCUUGAACACUCUCUUGGACCCACUUGGAACAGGGAUCUGCACCCGGGUGACUGAGGUGGUGCUUGAGUUAUUAGGGGAGGAGAUCCAAGGGAAGGUUUCUGAGGGCAAGAUGGGGUUACAUGCACUACAAGUUUACAUGAUGAACAGUCUCGUCGGCAACAUCCCUGAGAUCGAGGAUUUGAGUGACCCGGAGCCAUAUUUCAAGAAGUUGCCCUCGGCCACAGCGUUGCAUGAAGCUGGGGUGAGGUUCGAAACUAGCGGCAUGAGUGGCCUCACCUUCGAACGCGGAGUGCUACGACUACCAUGGAUAGCCAGCCAUUCACGGAUUUACUCGUGACUGGUGUAGACCAGUUGCUGCACUUGGUUGGACUAUUAACCGGUAUCAUGGCUGGUAUAGUCAAAAGCAAAACUUAUAUUUGGUUAAAAAUAUAAUGAAACUAAUAUUUGACAGGUGCUAUGGGUUUGAGUGUCCACCUAAAAUGUGAAAACUUUCUUAUUUUUACAUAUGUAUUCUAUAUUUUAAAUUAUUAUUUGUAUUUUAUUAUUAUUUUAACCUCUAAUCUUUUUUUUUUUUUGAAAUAGUAGUUUGGCUAAUUUUGACUAUUCCAAACCUCUCGUAAGUUCAAUGACCAAUGUAAUCCUAAUCAACGGUUGGUAUAUAUAUUGAGGUGCCCCCAUACUGGAAUCCAUAAUAGAUAUAGUGUUGCAAUCAUCAACACGAUAUCAUAGUGGUUCAAAGUUUCAAACAUCCAAAUUUGAUCUGAUUCAAAAGGUGAAUGGUUCUAGUCUAGAAAUCCUUGGAAAUGCUUGAUUUUUAGUUUCUCUGUAUUUCUAUUCUAGAUUUUUUUUAUAUUAUUGCUUGGUUUGAAUCGGGGAUCAUCCAACCUUAGGGGAAU